AUGUGGCCCGAGAGGGACGUGGCCCGAGAGGGACGUGGCCCGAGAGGGACGUGGCCCGAGAGGGACGUGGCCCGAGAGGGACGUGGCCCGAGAGGGACGUGGCCCGAGAGGGACGUGGCCCGAGAGGGACGUGGCCCGAGAGGGACGUGGCCCGAGAGGGACGUGGCCCGAGAGGGACGUGGCCCGAGAGGGACGUGGCCCGAGAGGGACGUGGCCCGAGAGGGACGUGGCCCGAGAGGGACGUGGCCCGAGAGGGACGUGGCCCGAGAGGGACGUGGCCCGAGAGGGACGUGGCCCGAGAGGGACGUGGCCCGAGAGGGACGUGGCCCGAGAGGGACGUGGCCCGAGAGGGACGUGGCCCGAGAGGGACGUGGCCCGAGAGGGACGUGGCCCGAGAGGGACGUGGCCCGAGAGGGACGUGGCCCGAGAGGGACGGGGCCCGAGAGGGACGGGGCCCGAGAGGGACGGGGCCCGAGAGGGACGGGGCCCGAGAGGGACGGGGCCCGAGAGGGACGGGGCCCGAGAAGGACGGGGCCCGAGAGGGACGCGGCCCGAGAAGGACGGGUCCCGAGAAGGACGGGGCCCGAGAAGGACGGGUCCCGAGAAGGACGCGGCCCGAGAAGGACGCGGCCCGAGAAGGACGCGGCCCGAGAAGGACGCGGCCCGAGAAGGACGCGGCCCGAGAAGUAA